CGCACCUCGCGCGGGAUCUCUCCACUUCUGCGUUUACAGCAUGCUUUAAGAUAUGAAACAGUGACAUAAAAGACAAACAAAACGGUUACAUUAAAACCAUGAAGACUGGUUAGCAAACUUGUCUCUUGUCAAUAAAAAAACAGCUUUCAGGACUGCGCUCACCCCCGGAAGAUGUCUGAUGAUUGCUGCUCUGAACCUGCUGGAGCCAUCAAGGCUAUUGACAAGCACUCGGUGCAUCAGAUAUGCUCAGGUCAAGUGGUGCUCAGUUUGGCCACUGCUGUCAAAGAACUGGUAGAAAACAGUGUCGAUGCAGGAGCCACUAACAUUGAUGUCAAGCUAAAAGAGUGUGGAACUGAACAAGUGGAAGUGUCGGACAAUGGGAAAGGCGUUGAGGAGGCCAACUUCGAAGGGCUGACACUGAAGCAUCACACAUCAAAGAUAAGGGAUUUCUCCGAUCUAAUCCACGUUGAAACUUUCGGUUUCCGAGGUGAAGCCCUCAGCUCUUUAUGUGCUCUGAGUGACCUGAGUGUGGUUACGUGCCACCAGUCCAGUCAGGUAGGCACCAAGCUGGUGUUUGACACCAAGGGCCACCUUGUGCAGCGGUCGCCUCAUGCCCGGCAGCAAGGCACCACAGUCACCAUGCAGCAGCUCUUCUACACGCUGCCCGUGCGACACAAGGAGUUCCAGCGCAAUAUCAAGAAGGAGUAUGCCAAAAUGAUACAUGUCCUCCAGUCCUAUUGCAUCAUCUCUACAGGUGUGCGCAUUACUUGCUCCAACCAAAAUGGACAGGGAAAGCGUAGCACUGUCCUCAGCACCGGUGGCAGCCAAAGUAUGAGAGAAAACAUCGGGGCCAUAUUCGGACCAAAACAGCUCCAGAGUCUUCUUGCUUUUAAACAAAAGUCUCCAGCAGAAAAUGUCAUUGAAGAAUAUGGACUCAAGGAUUCAGAUCUGCCCAAACAGCUUUUUUCCAUCACAGGCUUUGUCUCUCGGGGGGACCACGGUGUCGGACGGAGCACCACGGACAGGCAGUUCUUUUUUAUUAACAGCCGGCCAUGCGACCCCCUUAAGGUCACCAAACUUGUAAAUGAAGUUUAUCACAUGUAUAACAGACAUCAGUAUCCAUUUGUUGCCUUGAACAUAGCUGUUGCCUCAGAGUGCGUGGAUGUGAAUGUAACACCAGACAAACGGCAGGUUUUCCUUCAGGAGGAGAAACUCUUGUUGGCUGUUCUUAAGACCUCUCUCAUUGCUAUGUAUGAGGCUGGGGUCAACAAGAUCAGUCUGAACUACACACUUACAGCCAAUGCAUCAUCUGCAUCUGAGCAAGUCAUCUUGUCGAAUAAGAACAAGGCAGAACCUGGAGAGGAUGUCCACACAGUGGGUCCAAGCCCAAAGUCAACCACGAACCUGGCUGCCCUCAAAGCUGCUUUUUCAAGUCAGAAUAACGCCAAUUCAUGGAACAAGUCAAGUUUAGAAACACCUACCAAAAGUGGUCCAACCCAGAAAACAUUGCAAAGUUUCUUUACAGACUCUGUAAAAGUUGCAUGCAGUCCAAGUGGGAAGUCUCCUUCAAAACCCAAAAGAGAGAUGGCUAAAUGCGAACCAGUGGGAAGAUCUGUGCUCGAUGGGUUCCGGUAUGGAAAGACUGCGGUUUCCUGCAGUGAUACGGGUUCUGAAAGAGACAAUGUCGUGUCUGGUUGUGAUUUCACCACAAAACCAGAUUUUCAAGAUUCUGGCACAGAGAGCGACAAAAAUUCUAACUUUCCUGAAGCAGGUAUUAAUAACAGUGUUAUAAAAGAUGAAUCAGUCUUAUCAACAUCCCACAGCAACCCCCUUGUUCCUGAGGAGCCAGAGUUACAGAUUGAAGCAAACUCAUCUAACGAGGACGCCACUGUGAGCCCAGAGGCUAAAAGAGCCCGGAUAGAUUCCCUUACAGAGCAAAAGCCUGACAAUUUUUCAUAUGGUGCUGAUAAAUCUUCUUCGACGGUGGAUGCCCCAGUCAGCCGUCAGAGGAGGACGGUGCAGCUGCAGUUUUCUCUGCAAGAGCUGACGGGGAACAUCAGGAGGUUGCAGCAGCAGAAAGAAAGAAACAGUGAGGAGCUGCAGUACAGACGCUUCAGGGCCAAGAUCAACCCUGGGGAAAACCAAACUGCAGAGGAUGAGCUCAAGAAAGAGAUCAAGAAAGAAAUGUUUAAAGAAAUGGAGAUCAUUGGUCAGUUUAACCUAGGCUUCAUCAUCACCAAACUGAACUCUGACAUCUUCAUGAUCGACCAGCACGCCACUGAUGAGAAGUACAACUUUGAAAUGCUACAGCAGCACACUGUCCUCCAAGGACAGAAGCUUAUCAUCCCACAGAAACUUCACCUAACUGCAGUCAGUGAGAAUGUGCUCAUAGAGAACAUUGAGAUUUUCCAAAAGAAUGGCUUUGAAUUUCUGGUUGAUGAAGAUGCUCAGGUGAUGGAGCGGGUGAAGCUGGUGUCAUUGCCCACUAGUAAAAACUGGAAAUUCGGCCCAUCCGACAUCGAGGAGCUGAUCUUCAUGUUGAGUGACAGCCCAGGUGUCAUGUGCCGCCCAUCCAGAGUCAGACAGAUGUUCGCCUCCAGAUCUUGUCGGAAGUCUGUGAUGAUUGGAACUGCUCUGAGUGUGAGUGAGAUGAAGAAGCUGGUGGCUCAUAUGGGGGAGAUCGAGCACCCGUGGAACUGUCCUCACGGCAGGCCGACCAUGAGACACCUCGCCAACUUGGACAUCAUCUCACACGACUGAACGUUUCAACGAGGGACCUGUCCGAGCAUCUCACAUCUCAUCCGGCCUGAUACAAUCUGAAUCACUCCAGUUUAGCUCACUAAUGCUUCACUACUGAUUACUUCUGUCAUUCAUCACCUCAGAGCCGUUUGUAUCACUGACACUGCUGUUAACUGUUUUUGUUGUAAUAUCUAUUUAGAUAAGUUUACAUUUUAUUUGAAUUUGUAUAUAGUUUUUAUCUUGAUAUCCAACAAAUGAGUAAAUAAACAGUAUGUGGUGGAAAAAUACCCAUAAUUUCUGAUAAGCUAAGACAAUAGUAAGUUUUAGUGUAAUAUGUCUAUUUGUCAACAGUUUUAACCUGUAAAUACUUUUCA